CUUGAGUAACUGCCCUCCUUUAUCGAAAACUGGUUGCUGGAGUCCAGUGUCGCCAUAUUGUCAUCCCGAAGCUCUGAGAGGUCCUGAGGAGAGAGCCUUUGCAUCCACCUGAAGAUGUCUGGCCCGGUCACCAGCCGAUCCCGGGUUUACCCCGAUGUGAACACACAAAGACCCCGGGAGUACUGGGACUACGAGUCACACGUUGUAGAGUGGGGGAAUCAAGAUGACUACCAGCUGGUGCGAAAGCUCGGCCGGGGCAAAUACAGCGAAGUGUUUGAAGCUAUCAACAUCACAAACAACGAGAAAGUAGUCGUCAAAAUACUCAAGCCAGUAAAAAAGAAGAAAAUCAAGCGAGAAAUCAAGAUUCUAGAAAACCUGCGAGGCGGCCCCAACAUCAUCUCACUUCUAGACAUCGUCAAGGAUCCAGUGGUCAGUUUCAUCAACCUACCAAUAAUACAUGCCAUCAUGCUGCUCGGUACAUAUCAUAUGACAUUUUGGCUACCACUCUCGCUGAAAAUCCAGAUGAAUCUGUCUCGGACUCCAGCUCUGGUCUUUGAACACGUCAACAACACAGACUUCAAGCAAUUGUAUCAAACGCUAUCCGACUACGACAUACGGUUCUACAUGUAUGAGAUCUUGAAGGCUCUGGACUACUGUCACAGUAUGGGAAUCAUGCACAGAGACGUCAAGCCACACAACGUCAUGAUCGACCACGAACACAGAAAGCUUCGCCUUAUAGACUGGGGUUUGGCAGAGUUCUACCACCCUGCUCAGGAGUACAACGUACGAGUGGCUUCCCGGUACUUCAAGGGUCCAGAGCUGCUGGUCGACUACCAGAUGUACGACUACAGUUUAGACAUGUGGAGCUUGGGCUGCAUGCUGGCCAGUAUGAUCUUCAGGAAGGAGCCUUUCUUCCAUGGACACGACAACUACGACCAGCUUGUACGGAUCGCAAAAGUCCUGGGCACAGAAGACCUGUAUGACUACAUUGACAAAUACAACAUCGAGCUAGACCCAAGGUUCAAUGACAUUCUGGGCAGGCAUUCCCGUAAGCGGUGGGAGAGGUUUGUCCACAGUGAGAACCAGCACCUGGUCAGCACUGAGGCACUGGACUUCCUGGACAAGCUGCUGCGUUACGACCACCACGCCCGCCUCACCGCCCGGGAGGCCAUGGAACACCCCUACUUCUACCCCAUUGUGAAAGACCAGGCGAGGAUGGGCUCUAUAUCAGGGCUGUCGACUGGUUCCACCCCAGUCAGCUCCUCCAGUAUGAUGACAGGCAUCACUUCCAUGUCCUCGUCGCAGCCCCUGGCUAACGUGGCGGGCUCUCCUGUGAUCUCUUCCCCCAGUGCUCUGGUCACGCAGGUCCCAGCUGCCGGGGCCCAGCCCUGAACGGUGCUCUCAGCCUGGGGCCCGGGACGGACCCGCUGCCCUUGUCUGGGACGGCCUACCAAGCCCUCAGAAGGUCCAGGCAACAAUCAUUUUUAUGUUGAGUAUAACAAAGAGAGAGAAAAAAAAAAGAUUAGGUUCCCCUUUUUUCUUUUUCCAUACAAUAAUUAUAUAUUGAGAUCCGGGCGCACAACGAGAGACAGAAAAAAGAAGAUAAAACAAACAUUACUUGCGUCUGUGUCCGGAUAAAAACAGUAGCUGCGUUCUUUCAUAAUGAGUGUCUAGAAAUGCAACUACAAUGUAGAAAUGAAGCAAAAUGGAUAAUAAAAUGUAUUUUAUAUGUCCCUAAAGUACUUUUGUUUGAGGUGGUUUUCUAUGGGCCAGAGGUUAUCAUUUUCUAAUCAACCGUUAGUGGUCACAUGAAAUGACUCAUGGGCUGCAUGUAACACUUUUUGUUUGUUAAAUACAUUUCUUCUGUUGGUCAUAUAGUUUCAACAUUGAAUUUCUCUCUAUAGAACGACACCCCCCGGUAGUUAUUUUCAAUGUUAUGUAAUGUUUUUAUCACGAGGCAUUUUCACAAUGAUUAUGCUUGUUAUUUAGUUGUGGCUAUUCAAGGCUCAUUGAACAACCAUUUUGUACAAGAGUUAAGGCGACAUAUGACAUUGUGUUUAUAAAAUGUAUUCAAUAAG